GUGUGUUCACUUGGUUUACUUGGAUAACAUACCAACAUGAAGUUUUGAGAGUUAUCGAGAUUUUAAGUUUUUAACGUUUAUUUAUCAUGAUUUAAAACAAAUUAAGAGAAAUAUUGCAUUAAAGUAGAUAUAGAACAGAUGGCAUUUAUAUUAUGUUUAUACAUGACUUAUUACGUGACAGCCCAAACACAGUUUGUGAGAGAAAUCACAUUGAAAGAUAACUAGAAGGAAAAAUGUUCUGUAUUAUAAUGUGGAUGGGUAGGCGGACGGACGGCCGGACGGGUAAAGUAUUUAACGAUCCUAUCCAUGGAAAUAUAGAGUUACAUCCCCUUUGUGUGAGGAUCGUCGACACGCCGCAGUUUCAGCGUCUGAGGUUCAUAAAGCAACUGGGCGGCGCCUACUUCGUCUACCCCGGUGCCGCACACAACAGAUUUGAACAUUCAAUCGGGGUUUGUCAUUUGGCUGGACGGCUGGUGCGAGCUCUAAGAGAACAGAAAUCUAAGGCUCUCAAGGGCGCUGAAAUUACUCCUGUAGAUAUACUGUGCGUAGAAGUGGCAGGAUUGUGUCAUGAUCUCGGUCAUGGGCCAUUUUCACACCUCUUUGACAGAAAGAUAAUUCCUAAAUUACGAGAAGAUAAAAAAUGGGAGCAUGAAAAUGGAUCCGUAGAUAUGUUUCGUUACAUGUUAGAAGAAAACGGUGGCCUGCUUAAAAAGGAAUUUGAAAAAGAAGGAAUCACAUCUACAGACCUAACAUUCAUAGAGGAACUAAUUGCUGGGCCUGAUGAAACGUCUCCGAAUAAAUGGAAGUAUAAAGGAAGGCCAAAAGAGAAAGGAUUCUUGUAUGAGAUUGCGUCAAACAAACGGAACGGUAUAGACGUCGACAAAUGGGACUACUUUGCACGUGACUGUUACAUGCUUGGAAUUGGAAUCAACUUCAGUCACAAUCGAUGUAUAGCUUUCCCAAGGGUGAUAAAUGUUCAAGGAGAAAGGCAGAUAUGUUUUAGGAAUAAGGAGGCUGCCAACCUGUACGAUAUGUUUCAUACCCGAUACUUACUCCAUAACAGGGCAUAUCAACACAAGACAAACAACAUCAUUGAACAUAUGAUAUACGAAGCCCUCGUGUUAGCUAAUGACUUCAUUAAAUUUCCUGGACAGAACGGGAAACAACUCACAAUGUCCGAAGCAAUAGAUGAUAUGAAGGCUUACAGCCUUCUGAAUGAUGGCGUCAUCUACAAGAUUCUUGAGAGUACUGAUCCAGGACUAGAGAAAUCCAAACAAAUCCUUCUACGUGUUUUAAGAAGGGAUUUGUAUAAGUUUGUCGGAGAAGAAAGAUUUGCCCACAAGACGUUUAAAGACGAGUCUGAUGUUAGAGAAGACAUGAAAGUCACAAAAAAUGGCAAUAUAGUCGUACAACUUGUUAACCUCAAUUACGGGAAGAAGGAUAUGAAUCCAAUAGACUUCGUCAACUUCUACUCAAAAGAAGAACCGGAUAAGGCAGGACCAAGACACAAAGAAGAUGUAUCUCUGUUACUGCCGAAGGAUUUUGCAGAACAACUGGUGCGCGUCUACUGCAAGGACCCGAAGUUCUACGCAGGCGUAGAGGAAAGGUUCGAUAAUUGGUCGAAAAAAACAACGAGACGCCCAAAGAAACGGAAAAGGUCCGAUGAUUCGUCGUAAAAUACAACGAGACGCACAAAGAAACAGAAAACUUCCCGUUGAUUGGAGGUCGAAAUCGAGGCUAGUCAGAACCAAGUCAGUGAUUGGAGAACGAAACCGAGGCUAAUCAGAAUCAACGUAAUGAUUAGGGGAGUUGUCAGAACCCCAAGCAAAUCCCGAUACUCUUAACAAAUAAAGGAACUGUAUCCAAAAUCUUCAUACUUAUUAUCAAAUGACUCGUUUUGUAUUUAUGUAUUGAUUGUUUCUUUUCUUGUACUUAGCUAUAAUUCUAAUAUAGUUCAAACCAGAUGUAUGUAGUGUUGUCUUAUUUACUUGUUAACUCACCAAACUGUAAUUUUAGAAUCGUUUUGACAAAUUUUGGUACUUUUCACAUUAAAGUCUUAAAAGUGCAAAUUGGUUGAAGUAAUAGAAUAUAUUUGAAUAAUUUGAACAAAUAAAAUUGGACUGUGUAGCUUUCUUCGAAUUUAAAUUCCUGAGGAGGGAUUAUGAUAUAUAUGCAUUUGUGAUGUGAUAACUAAAUUUCUGUUUUGACUGUUUCUGCAUGUUGUUUAAGAAAUGGUAUAUCCAAAACAGUGCUUUGUUGUUGAGUAAAAUCACUGUUUGGAGUUCAGAUGCGAAGAAUUAUACUCACGAGGGCGCAGCCAUAGUGAUAUAAUUAAGAAAUAAUAUAUCUCAUCCAGUGAUUUGUCGUUGAAUAAAUCAUUGUUUGGAGUUCAGAUGCGAAGGAAUUAUAUCACGAGGGCGCAACCCGAGUGAUAUAAUAAUACGCAUCUGAACGACAAACAAUGAUUUAUUCAAGACAAAAUCACUAAAUGAGCUGUAUUAUUUCGAUUCUAACACGUUACCAAGGAUUUUAAGUACAUCCUUGACGACAUUCAUUAAAUAUUUGCGCGUUUUCAAUCGGUUUCUUUUCCAGCGCGCCGCUAUGCCGUUUGACGCCAUGACGUAAUAAUUGUGACGUCAGAACAGUGAUUUGUUGUAUAAUAAUUCACUAUUUUCUGCCUUCUUUGUUUAAUAGGAAAAUGAAUGGGAUCGUGUUAGAAUAAUAGGUAUCUGAACGACAAAUAAUGAUUUUAUUAAAGAACAAAUCAGUAUUUGGGGUAUAUUAUUUCGAUUCUAACACGACAUGAAGGAUUAUUUAUAUAUCCUUGACGACACCCCCAAAUAUUUGCCUGUUUUGUAGAGUUUUCUAUUCCGCAGGUGUACAAACAAUGACGUUGUUGCACAAUAACACACAGUUUCGGCCUUCUUUGUUUAAAAGAAAACAAAUAGGGUCGUGUUGGAGUCUCAUUUUAAACCAACUCUUAUUUAAUUUAUUAUAGUUUCAUAACUUAAAAGUGUAGUCCAUGAUGACAAUCUUCAAAUUACGUUUUCUACGUAUGCGACCUCGGCAUUUUCCGGAUUUUACGAAAAGUCAUGUGUGUCCGAAGAAUGCCGAAUUGCCAAACGACAAUACAUAAUCAUACGAACUGUCAUUACGGGUCAACUGCCUGAUAUAUAUUCUGUAUCCUUCAUUUCACAUACUAUAUGAAUAGCUUUUGUUAAGCCGUUAGUAAGUUAUUUCUUUACUGAUGAUUUUCUUUUAAAAGAUCAUCUCUUGUUUAACCUAUUAGAUUUUCCAUACUUAAGUCUGUUUUAUCUUUUUACAUUUCAUGCGAUAUAUAACGCAACAUUUACAUAAGUUUUUAUAACAGUAUUUUCAAACAUAGAUUGGACCUGUUUUUCAGAGAAUACAGCAAGCUACCUCACUCAUACGUGAGUAAAACUAACACACAAAAGCGAAAGUCACAAAAUGAUCUAAAAUGUGCUGAAAAUUUGGACUUCUACUUAGUCCGCUGAGCAGAGUAGCAAACAUUAUUAACCUUUCAAAAUUGGACUGGUCCAUAUAUUAGUUCGGGCAGUACCACUUGUUUAUCAAAUGGGUUUCCACUGAAAAUUUACUGAGUGAAUAGCGAACAGUGCAGACCAUGGUCAGCCUGCACGGAUGUGCUGGCUGAUCUUGGUCUGCACUAGUCGCAAAGGCAGAGUAACUUGCCGCCAGCACGUUAAAGGUUAAUCAGCGUGACAUUUAUGUCAUUCCGUUAUGAUGCCUAUUUAGAGUUUUAGACCAAGGUAGCAUGUAUGCCUGUUUAUUAGUUUUGAAUAUCAGGUGUUUACCAAAGAGCUGUCUUUAUUGGCACACUUAGUGCAAUAAUGCCACAUGGACUUUAUCCAACGUUUUAUUUAUUUUUUUUAUUAUAUACAUUGAUAUACAGAUUUUCUAACGUUUUCAUAUAUCUUAUUUAUUCAACUAUGUGAUAAUUACAGUAAUUACCCUAAGGGGUACCAAAUGUUUAAAGACUCUAUAGUUUUCACUCAGUUUUAUUAACGUUUCGGCCUUAAGACCUUUAUCAAAAUGACAAAUUCCGAGAAUUACUCUAUAUCAUGGCGUCUCAUAAUAUAACAACAGUUCCGGUUUUGUAUUUCAAAUGUUGUUAUAUUAUGAGACGCCAUGAUGUAGAGUAAUUCUCGGAAUUUGUCAUUUUGAUAAAGGCCUUAAGGCCGAAACGUUAAUAAAACUGAGUGAAAACUAUAGAGUCUUAUGUGAUAAUUGUUAAUAUUUUAGUAAUUUAUUUUUACCAGUCUCAUCUUUUUGUCCCUAUAUAUUAUUCUUUUAUUCUUUCAUUUAUUUAUGUUGCUUGUGUAUUUAUAUAUUUAUGUUAAGUAGAAUAAUUCAAAACUUUGUAAUUAUUAUCUGAAAUCGCUGUCUUGGAUUAUGAUGCCUUUGGUAAAAUAUAGAAGAAUAUAACCCG